AUGCCAAGAAAAGAGAUUAUAUAUAGAGAUAGAGAUAGAUAUAGGAUGGGAGUUAAAAAACUUAGAUCAUUAAUAGAAGAACAAGCUCCAAAAGCUAUUAAAAACACAGAGUUUAAAGCUUUAGAAGGUAGAAUCAUAGCAGUUGAUACAUCAAACAAUCUCUAUCAAUUCCUUACUGCCAUAGGUACAGAGAAUGGUUCAUCUUUAAUGAAUUCAAUUGGUGAAACUACAAGUCAUUUACAAGGAACAUUUUAUCGUACAAUUAAAUUUAUGAGUAAUGGUAUUAAACCAGUAUUUGUAUUUGAUGGUGCACCACCAACUUUAAAGAGUGGAGAAUUGGCUAAACGUUCGGCAAAGAAAAAAGAGGCCAAAGAGAAUUUGGACGAGGCCAAAGAGACUGGUACCACCGAAGAUGUUGCCAAGUUUUCAAAGAGAACUACAUCGGCUACACGUAAACAAAAUGAAGAAUGUAUCAAAUUACUCACAUUGAUGGGUAUUCCAGUGGUGAGAGCACCAUGUGAAGCAGAGGCACAAUGUGCUGAAUUGGUCAAAGGUGGAAAGGCUUGGGCAUCGGGAUCAGAAGAUAUGGAUAGUCUUGCAUUUGGUACAAAGAUCUUACUUCGUAAUCUAACUGCAUCCGAUCAGAAAAAGAAUCCACUUUGGGAGUUUGAUCACGAAAAACUACUCUAUGGCACUGGUUUUACACACGAUCAAUUCAUCGAUCUUUGUAUUUUGCUUGGAUGUGAUUAUUGCGAGUCGAUUCGUGGUAUUGGACCAGUUCGUGCAUUCGAGUUGAUGCAAAAGCACAAAUCAAUCGAAGAGGUUGUCAAACACCUCGACCCAACCAAAUACCCAGUUCCAGUACCCUUCCCAUUUGAUGAGGCACGUGAACCUAUUCAAGAACCCACGUGUCACCCCUGCCGCUGA